AUCCGAAGCUGUAGAUGUCUCAUGUAGUUAAACCUCCUUCUUCCCCGCGUUGGAAGUGUCGAAUUCGCCGCAGUAUUAUUACCAUCAUCACCACCGCCCACCAUGUCUUCGCACGCUGACAUCUCGACCGAAGACUCUACGAGCUUCCCAUACAUCUACCGCCAGAAUGUCUCGAUCCCUCUCAAGACCUCGGACGCCAGUGCGCAGCAGAUGGUUCGGGGGAAUAUCUACCUCCCGCAUUCAAUCGCCGAGGGGAAGAAGUUCCCCGUCUUAGUCACGUAUGGCCCGUACGGGAAGGAUAUCCACUACCGCGAUUUCCGGCUCCCGUCGUAUCAAGAGGUCAACCCCAAGCACCACUCGGAACAUUCCGCAUGGGAGACGCCAGAUCCCGGAUUCUGGACGUCGAAGGAGUACGUUGUGAUCCGGUGCGAUGAGCGGGGCAUCGGAGCGUCCCCCGGGCGGCUGAAUACCAUGUCCCGCGGCACCGCCGAGGCAUUCUUCGAUGUGGUUGAGUGGGCGUCCGAGCAGCCAUGGUCGAGCGGGAAGGUCGGGUUGCUGGGGAUCAGCUACUAUGCCGGCUCGCAGUGGCGGGUUGCUGCGCGCCAGCCCAAGGGCCUCGCCGCGAUUGUGCCCUGGGAGGGAAUGAGUGACUACUAUCGUGACCGGUGCAGGCAUGGCGGCAUCCUGGCGAACAACUUCAUCAAGUUUUGGUGGAAUCGACAGGUGGUCGUCAAUCAGCACGGCCGUGGGGAAUUGAGCGAGCAGGAGCUCGAAGAGAACAGGCGCGAUCAGAAUAUCGACAACCGCAAUAAUAAGUUUCGUGAUGACGAGUAUUAUGCGAGCAAGGAGUACAGCAUGGAGGAUGUUACUGUUCCGCUGCUAUCCGUCGCCAAUUGGGGCGGGAUACUACUUCAUCUCCGCGGGAACGUGGAGGGUUGGGUUCAUGCCGGCAGCAAGCUCAAGUACCUGCGCUUCAUCACCGGCCGUCACGAUCUCCCCUUCUACUACGACGAGGAGGUCGAAGUCCAGCUGAGCUUUCUGGACGCAUUCCUCAAAGACGAUGACCGCGUCGGCUGGUCGGUCCCCGGCAAGGUGCCCCCGGUCGAUCUCGUCCUCCGCAAAGGCGACGUAGGCUUCAACAACGCCAUCGCCGAAAAGGCCUACACGCGGCGUACCGAGCUCGAAUGGCCUAUCGCACGCACCAUCUGGCAACAAUACCAUCUCACUCCCGACGACCUGGGCCUCGUCACGGAACUCCCUACGAUUUCGCACCACCAAAAAGUCUCCUACCCCGCACUGGGAAGCAUCCAGUCCCCGCAGUUCCUACACUUCACCACCGCGCCGUUCGAGACCGAAACGGAAAUCACCGGCAACGUGGUCGCGCACCUCAACGUCUCCGUCACGCCGGACCCCACAGGCCCCACUCCCAGCGACAUCGAUCUCUUCCUGACGCUGCGGCACCUAAGCGCGGACGGAAAGGAGAUAUUCUACACCGGCACGGCGGGCGACCCCGCGCCACUGACGAAAGGCUGGCUGCGCGUCUCGCUGCGCAAAGUGAACACGGAGCAUGCGCGACACCGGUCGUGGCUUCCGCACAGAGACUACUUCUCUACCGACGUCCAGCCAGUCAUCCCCGGCGAGAUCUAUCCCGUCGAUGUGGAGAUCUGGCCGACCAAUGUGGUCGUCGAGAAGGGGGCGAGAAUCGUGUUUGAGGUUGCUAGUGGCGAUACCCAGGGCAGUAGCAUCUUUUUGCAUAAUGAGAUAACUGAUCGACCGGAGAAAAUCUUCAGAGGCAGGAAUCAUCUGCAUUUUGGACCGAAGUUCCAUAACUACGUGACACUGCCGGUUAUCCCGUCGCAGUGAGUUUUUGUACUUGACUUGAGGAGGACGACGAUGGGCCUCUUAUACUGUGCUGAAACGUAGGAAAAGGAUGUCGGAGGGUGG